GCUUGUCUACACUACAGAGUUGCAGCGCUGGUGAGGGGGUUACAGCACUGCAACUUAGGAUGUGUACACACCUGCACGGCACUACCAGCGCUGCAACUCCCUGUUUGCAGCGCUGGCCGUACACCCAGUCGAGCCUCGGGUGUAGAGGAUCCAGUGCUGGAUCACCAGCGCUGGUCAUCAGGUGUAGACACUCACCAGCGUUUUUGUUGACCUCCGUGGCAUAAGCAGGUAUCCCAGCAUACCUGAAGAAGCCUCUCUGGUAAUCAAGCAAACUCCACUGCCCUGUGCUCACCUGACCCCUCCUUUAAAUGCCCCGGGGAAAUUUAAAAAUCCCCUUCCUGUUUGGUCAGCCAGGUGUGGAGUGCAAUUAAUCUAUCAAUCACUCAGCGACUAUGCCUUCACGCACCAAACGAGCCCCAGCAUGGACCAAUGCAGAGCUGCAGGACCUCAUUAGUGUUUGGGGAGAGGAGGCUGUGCAAACACAGCUGUGCUCCAGAAGGAGAAAUUAUGAUACGUAUGGGCAGAUAUCGCAGUCCUUGAUGAGAAGGGGCCAUGAACGGGACGCCUUGCAGUGCAGGGUCAAAAUUAAAGAGCUGAGGAGUGCAUACUGCAAAGCCCGUGAGGGAAAUCGCCGCUCAGGAGCUGCCCCCACAACCUGCCGCUUUUACAAGGAGCUGGAUGCCAUACUUGGGUGUGACCCCACUGCCAAUCCUAGGAGCACGAUGGAGAGUUCACAGCAGGGAGCAGUGGGGGAUGUUGUAGAGGACGGAGACAGUGAGGCUACUGGCGUGGAGGGAGACACCCUGGAGUCUCAGGACACAUGCAGCCAGGAUCUCUUCUCAAGCCCGGAGGAGGCUAGCCAGUCGCAGCAGCUGGAAGCUGAUGUUGAGGAGGAAGCUGAGGAUCGUGCUCGGGGGACCUUGACUACUGCAGCCGUAUCACCAGCCUCACAUAGGUUGCAGAACUUGAGACGGAAUCCUAGGAAAUCAAGAGGAAUUGAUCAAGUCUGUUAUGAGCUCCUACAACAGAGAAAGUAG